UGUCUGAGUAAAAUGGCAAGGGCUGAUAGUUUUAUUUUAACUCAUUCUAGGAAAGUUACAGAACUACAUCAGUCAACUAACAGGUUAUUUAAAGAAAGACCUCUAGAAUGGGGAAGCCAUUAAAUAAAUGAAAUAUUUGUCAUGUUAGCUAACAAAACGUGAACACUGAAGAAUUGCUUUAAGAAGUGAAGAUACAGAAUGUAAAGAGACUGUCAGGGUCUAAAACCUCAAACAGCAAAAACUGGAAAAUGAGCCUUUGGAGGCACAUAGAAGGUAAAUAAGCAGUCUUUGCCUCGCUUUGUUAAUUAGGAUACAGAAAUGGUUUAAACAUUUUUGUUUCAAAGCAACCACUAGCAGAAUAAAACACUAAACUUUGAAAUUACUAGGAAAAGCCAAGAAAACACACAAAGUAAAAGAUAAGAAAGGGAACAAAAGUAAGCAAUUAUGGAAAUUAGCACAGAAAAUAGUUUUAAGUAGUUUGUCUUUUAAUUCAUGUAGUUAGUUUCAUAAUCUGCAAGCCUUGGUUAUUUGUAGCAAUGGGCAACGUAGGCGGGUGGUGGUUUGGCCAUGCUCAAAGUUAAGUCCUAUCCCCCUACCUUGGUGCCCUUGGCCCGGCAAUGAGGCUUCUGUGAUGCCUCAGCUCCUCAAAUACAACAAACAGAUCUUACUUUGUAUUCUCUAAAAUGACUGCAAAAUAGCAUUCAGUAAAUGUCUGUGGAAUGAAUUGAAGAUCACUCCCAUCCCAAAUAUUAUUUUACAAUUAGUGUAUUCUCUGAUGCACUGCAGUAGAUUUUCACACCAUUCUUAAAUUUCUCAUCUGAUGCCAAAUUUUGUCCAGAGGUCAAGGCUGAAGAUUAUGCUUACUUUGAUGGAAAGGAUAGAAAAAGACACUGAACAGCAGGAGAUGAGGGGCACUGGAUAUAAAGAAAAAGCUAUCUGCGCACAUCUGUAUGUGUUUGCAGAGGUGACAGGGUUGGCUGAGUGGGUUGGAAUAAUGAUCUGGUGGGUUGUGGGAGCUUUACUAGUGGGUCUCAGAGUGUGAUAAAAAAGGGUUCAGAACAGAUCUUGCAGAAGUAACUCCCAACCAGUUUUCCUUUUGUGUAACUUAGGGAAUGAGAACUGAGUCGAUGACCUCAGGACUGCUGCGUUUUUUGUUUUACUUUUUGGCCAUUGCUGUUCUCCACCAGAUCGUUGUAGUCCUUGGGGAGUAACCUACUUAAUAAACUGGCAAAUAUUUGUGAAAAUAUGUAUGCAUAACGUUAUACUAAAGGCUAUGUGUGCUUAAGGAGAUUGUAGGUGAUUUGGAGAUAAAUCCCGUGUGUGAAUUGGAAUUAGUAAAAUGCAGUGGUAACUAACAAUAAAAGCCUCCGAAAAUAGGUGCUCCUGGAGUUCAGAAGGGAAAUGACUAAAACUGUGUGCAUUUGGCACACAUUAUAACAUACAGGUAAUUAGAGGGGCACAUUUUAACUCAAUCAGAUUUAGCAUCCAUAAAUACAGUAAUCAAGUUUUGUGUUUGUCUUUUAUAGAUUUAGUCAUGGUAUGUUGAUCCUUGCUUAAUGUGAGGAAUCUAAUAUUUUACAAUUUUUUUCCAGCCAAAAAUGGAGCGUGCAGUUUAGUACCAAGUGAAACCAUUCAGUCAUAGUUGAUUGAUGCUACUUGUCAGAGAAUAAAUUCCUGGUGUUCUUGCUUAUACUGAAUAUGAGACAUCUCACUGCUACAGAAGGGCUUUGCCUACUUAAAGUGCUGGUGGAAUAUUAAAAUAUCAAAGACCCAAAACACAUGUUAUUCAUUUUAAAAACUUAUUCAACCUGCUGAUGUUUAAAGCCUGCUGUAAUAUUUUAAUCAUAGGUCUGUCCAAAAGGAUGCCAUCCAAAAGUAAUUUUCAUUUUUUGUAUAGGGUUAUUACUUUGUAUUCAUUUGCUGUAUUAAAAAAAUUAAGGGACAGCAAGACAUUUAUACAGUCAUGUGAUUCAACUUGAAAUGAUAGGUUUCUUACACAUAUCUGGUUCUGGAUAAUGAUAGGAUCUAGAAUAAGGAAGCACUAAUGAGCCUAAAAAACUCUACUUGGGAAAUGGUAAAGUUAUAACUCGAUAAUUCAGUGAGGUUACAGUGCAGAUAUUAAAUAAGCAUGUUACACAAUGCCAUUAUUUUAAGUAGCUGAGAAUGAAUUAGCCAUGAUCUUUGCCCACUUUCUUUUAGCACAAUGCUAGCUAAACACAGAACACAUGCUACUAAGAUGCUGAAGAAAAUUUUGAGAUUAAUGAUUGAUUUUUACACUUUCACCAUGUUUUAAUAGUCUAAGUAAUGCUGACACUGUUCUGUCUUAAACCCAUCAAAUAAUUGAGCCAAGUUUGAGGAAAUCAAUCUCUACUAAAUAGUUAACCAUAAGGUAUAUUUGUAUUCGCAAACAGAAUGCUUUCAAAAUGUUCCACUUUUGAAAUUGUUUGAGUCUUUUAUGUUGACCCAGUGACUUUGUUUGCAAAGGUAAACUGAAGUGGAGUUAAGCAAUUGCCUAGCAAAUUUGAUCGCUGAGAUGACCAUACAGGAUAAAAUGAAUAAAGUUAUCUUCAGAAAAUGUACUUAAUGACAGCAGAAUUUUACUCUUCCUAAAUCUUUAGGACUUUUUGUUUGCUCCAGGAAUCAUCACAGUUAUAGUCCUGCAUUCUUUUUCUUCCUUCCUUUCUGUGUCUCUUUGUUUUCUAAUCUCUCUCCUUCCCCUUACCUGCCUUCUGUUCUUUUAUCCUGCCUCCCCCCUCCCUCUCUUUAUCUGUUUAUCCACUUAUCAAUCAUCAAUGAUAUGCACAUGGUUAAGGAUUUUGCCUGGUAAUUAUUAACCUAUCCUUAUAAAAUUUUAAGUAUUUGGGGGACUAUAAUGGUAAACAGAACACAUUUUUAGUUUCAGUUGGGUCUUUUACAUUCAUAUGGAAAACCCAGAGGCAAGACUAGUGUUUAAAACAACGGUGCAUUUUGAAACAUGAUGAAGACCAAAAUUAUUUUCUACUGGAUUCUUACUGCCACCUGAAUUAACUGCCUAUUUAUUGGGCCAUAGUCAUAACAACAUUUCGUAUUUCCUAGUCAUCUUAACUUCAGAGUGCCUGGAAUUUGCAUGGUGUCCAGUCUAUCUUGAUGCCAUUUUAAUCUGAGAGUUAGAUGAAGGUCUCCCAAAGACUUUUUAAUCUCAUGAACCCAUGCCCACAGAAUAGUGAGUUUAAAAGAUUGCAUAAUGAUGUCAAAGAAAAGCUUCUUGUCUUUCAAGGCCGUAAAAAGUUCCCUGGAAUGUGGACAGCUGGGGUUGGAGGAGAGCAAAGAGUGCAGAAACAUCAUCAUGGCUCAUUCCCGUCUUGUGAGGGUUGGGCACAGGUAUGUAAGACUGGGUUCUUGACGAUGAAGUAUGAAGAGAAGUGAUACAUGUAACAGUCUUGCUCUUAACACAAAGCUUCAGAACCAUCACUAACAAAAAGAGAGCUGUCAAAGAUAGAGACAUUCCCUAAGCCCCUCCAGGCACGGCUGUAGAGGAGCAUAAGAUUGGCAGCCUGAGGAACAAUGAUCAGGACUGUGGGCCUUGCCCUUCCUGGCCACGGGAGAUGGUAUAAAGCCUCACUUUGCUGUCUCACUUUUGCUCAUUUUCCGAAGGUGGUGAUGCUGCCUGUCUUCAUCAUUAUAUUUGGUAGUUUGAGAUGGAGAAGAGCACGUUCUUUAAAGUGACCACAAAAACCAUGAGUCUGCUCAAGUAUUCUUUCGCCAUAAGGAAAGAUUACCCGAACUGAAUAAAUUUUGAAACCAAGUCUGAAGAAUUUUCUCCAGUGCUGGACCAUCCAUGAAGGUGUCUGCUUUCAGUAUCCCUUUUCCAGAGUGGCAACUUGUGUCUAAAGAUAAGCUAAGCGACUUUUCAUCAGUAUCUACAAUUGCACUUCAAGGCCUCCAAUCCAAGGAUUUACCUUAUUCACGUGACUGAAAAUAUCUGUCAAAUGACCCAAAAUCCAUGAAUCAACUCUUCCCCAUCAAACUGACCUGGAAUUUGGCUUGUUUUUCUCCACCUAACAGUAAAACUUCUGCAAAAGGUUUAUUUAAAUAUGUGAAGACUUGUCUUUUGGAAAUUGGCACAUAUAUUAUAUUUCUUGUUACGACAAAACCUCUUGAAAGGUAGUAAUUCAAGGCCCCAUUUAGCUGUUGACAUGCCAACUUGUGAUCUAGUGUUCCACUGACAUGUGGCACUUCCUUCUUCAUUCACCCACAAAACCAGACGAGUUCCAACUCCCUGGGGGCUCAUCUGUGCUUGGAGUAGCAGGACAUUUCUUCCAGCUGAAAUUUUCUUUGGCAAAGUCAUGUCUUGAAGAUACUGAUACCACCAAAUGGGUAAUUCUUUUUUGAUGAUAUCAGUGGAAACACCAUGGACAAAAAACAGGAGCUGAUUGCACUGACGUUUAAUUGUUUCGUCCAAUGGUUCUUCGGUAUGGCGUGGUGUGGCCGAGGAGAGCCUGUGGUUAAUAGCACAUCUUCUGGAUUCCAACGCCUGGGUUUGAUUUCUCAUUCCACCACUCAGCAGAUCCCAUUUCAUGCAAUUCGAAUACAAAUUCCUAUGCAUUGAGGACCUUGAUUUAUACGGAAGUAUUUAUAUGGAAGUAUUCCCAGUUGGUGUUUCUCAUCGCGUCUUCUCUGAGCCUCUUCGUACAUUCGCUCUUCUUUUCCUCAGACUGCAGUUCCCCGGAAUGGAUUGGGGAGAGCGAGGUCGGGUUCCGUUUUAGUUGUUUCCUGGCUCCACGCAGCGCCGCUCGGCUGUCUCUCCAGCGUGGACCACCGUUGACAGGCUCCACGGGUGAGGGAGGCCCCGGGCGGCACGCGGGGGGCGCGGCCUGACCACGGGGCGGGGGCGGGGCCUGUCCGCGGAGCUAGACUGGCUGAGCGUCCCAGGUCGGCCGCUUCCAGCCGAGCCCUCGGCUACCGCGGCGGUGCCCCGAGCCAGAUACUCUCGGGCUCCGUGCGACUCCAGCCGUUUCCUCGCUCGCGCGGCGCCAUCUCGCCCCGCUGGAGAGGGAGACCUGGCGGCGCUCUGACUGAGAACUCCGGUGUCUCAGCCUUGGGGCACCUCCGGAGACAGCCAAGUGCCCGCAGGUGAAGCCGGCGUCCCAGCCCACCGACAGAUAGCACCUCUUGGGAACCUCGACCACCGAGCCUUUUCCAGCGCCUGCAGCGCAAGGCGCGCGGGGAGAGUGGGGUCCACGGCGGGGGAAGGAGUGACCAGGACACCGAUGAUGGACGCACAGACCUGGCGCGUGGGCUGUCACUGUCUCCUCCUUCUGGCUCUCGUUGGGUCUACCCGAAGCGAGGGCUUGCAGAGCUGCGAAGAAGUUAGGAAACUUUUCCAGUGGCGCCUGGUGGGACCUGUCAAGGGGCUGCAGGAUUCGCCGCGGGCAGGGCCUGAUCUUCAGGUUUGCAUAGCCAAAAACCCUGCAUGUUGCACCAGGAAGAUGGAGGAAAGUUAUCAAAUCACAGCUCGCCAAGAUAUGCAGCAGGUGCUUCAAACAUCCAGCUCUACAUUAAAGUUACUGAUAUCUCGAAACACAGCUGCCUUUCAAGAAACCCUUGAAACCCUCAUCAGACAAGCAGAAAAUUACACCAGUAUACUGUUCUGCAACACCUACAGGAACAUGGCCUUAGAGGCUGCUGCUUCCGUCCAGGAGUUCUUCACUGACGUAGGGCUCUAUUUAUUUGGUGCGGAUGUUAAUCCUGAAGAAUUCGUAAACAGAUUCUUUGACAGUCUUUUCCCUUUAGUCUACAAUCAUAUCAUUAACCCUGGUGACAGUUCCCUGGAAUACUCAGAAUGCAUCCGGAUGGCCCGCCGGGACAUUAGUCCAUUUGGUAAUAUUCCCAAAAGAGUACUGGGGCAGAUGGGGCGAUCGCUGCUGCCCAGUCGCACAUUUCUGCAGGCGCUGAAUCUGGGCAUUGAAGUCAUCAAUACCACAGACCAUCUGCACUUCUCCAAAGAGUGCAGCAGAGCCCUCCUGAGGAUGCAGUACUGCCCGCACUGCCAAGGCCUGACUCUCAGUAAGCCUUGCAUGGGAUACUGCCUCAACGUCGUGCGAGGCUGCUUGGCACACAUGGCAGAGCUUAACCCACACUGGCAUAUGUACAUCCUGUCAUUGGAAGAGCUGUCGGAUGCCAUGCAUGGGACAUACGACAUUGAGCACGUGCUGCUGAACUUCCACUUGCUCGUUAAUGAUGCUGUGGUGCAGGCUCACCUUGAUGGACAGAAAUUAUUGGAACAGGUAAAUAAGAUUUGUGGCCGUCCAAUCAGAACACCCACACAAAGCCCCCGUUGUUCUUUUGAUGGGAGCAAAGAGAAGCAUGGAAUGAAGAUCUUUAUAAGAAAUGGGGAAGAGACACUUGCCAACAGAAGAAAAGAAUUUAUCAACAGCCUUCGACUGUACAGGACAUUCUACGGAGGCCUGGCUGAUCAACUUUGUGCUAAUGAAUUAGCGGCUGGUGAUGGACUGCCAUGCUGGAACGGAGAAGAUAUAGUAAAAAGCUAUACUCAGCGUGUGGUUGGAAAUGGAAUCAAAGCCCAGUCUGGAAAUCCCGAAGUCAAAGUCAAAGGAACCGAUCCUGUGAUAAAUCAGAUUAUUGAUAAACUGAAGCAUGUUAUUCAGCUGUUACAGGGUAGGUCACCCAAGCCCAGCAAGUGGGAACUUCACAUGGGCAGUGGUGGCGACAUGGCUGAACUGGUCAGCGGGGGCUGUGAUGAUGAAGAUGGUUGCAGGGGAUCAGGAAGUGGAGAAGUCAAGAGGACACUGAAAGUCACAGACUGGAUGCCAGAUGAGAUGAACCUCAGUGAUGUAAAGCAAAUCCAUCAAACAGACGGUAGUAGUACUUUAGACACAACUGGAGCAGGAUGUACAGCAACAACUGAAACUAUGGCAUUGGCUCUGAUGGGUGCAGUGAUGUUACUUCCUGGGCUUUGGUAACUGAACUCUUCUGCCCUGAUAUAUAUGUCUUAUUAGAGUCUUAACUUCUCCCCUCUUUCUCCAAGUAGAAUAAGAGAUCUUUUCAAAUGUAACAAUUAUAUUUAUGAAAAGGUAUGUCACACUAACUUAGAAGCCAAGUUGGUAUGUUCACAAAGUAUCUAAAAAUCAACGUUUAAAUGAAAGACUGUUUGAAAACAUGUCUUCUUUGAAUCUAAUUUAAACAUUCUUAAAUUCUAACAUAUUAAACCUGCAUAUGUGAAGAGCACAGAAGUGACUUUGCAUAAGAAGGAUUUAGUAUAUCUGUAAUUUUAUUAUCCUCAAUUCCAACCUCUUCCUUUUUAAAAGGAAAAUGUUUUAAAUUGAAGGUAUAUUUUCAGGACACUGAAAACAGUACAUAGUGUUUCUUAAAAUACUGGAAUUAGAAUUCCAUUAAAUGAAUCAAAACAAACAAUGGCAAGUAGUAUGCAUGCAUUUUCAAGAGAUUCUUCCAUUUUGCAAGUUAUAGAAAGAAAUUACUGAAAGACUAUAAGUUAUAGAGUAGAUUGCCAAGGAGCAUUUCAUGCAAUUUCAUUGAAGAUGCUUGAUAACUUUUAUCCACUGUAACUUAGCCACUGACAAACCUUACAGCUGAGUAUUUUGAUAACAUCUGAUUUGUAUCCCAUUAUAUACAAAAUGCAUCUUUGGUAUCGUGACUCUCUCUGUUCCCUCCUUUCUCUUUGCUGAAUGGAUUUAGCUACAUUGCAAACACACGCCUGCUCUAGGAAUAUCGCUAAUAAAGCUGUUAAUUAUUUGGUGGAAAA